UGCCAACCUGUGCAGCAUUAUUCGCCAGUUUCGUGACAGUGAGAAAACCUUCCACAGCAAGUGGACGUUGUUAUCAUCGGUGAUCAUGACAAUUCGAAACACUCUCCGGGAUCACGGCCAGAGGUAUCGACCACGGAUGGCGUGUCUGAAAAAGGCGGAAAAGGUACUGCUGGAGAUGCAGGAUCCCAAAUCCGGAGUCAAGUCUCAGCCGCAACGACUUGUCAUCACCACAAUACCGCACGCCAUUACCGGCGAAGACAUCGUUGCUUGGCUGGCAGACAGAUUCCAAAUAGACACAAGGGAGGCCAGGAGUUUGGGCUCCAUGCUGGUGGCGCUGGGCUUCGUGUACCCGCUGCAGGACCACAAACGCUUGCUGCUCAAGCCCGAUGCGUCGCUCUAUCGCUUUCAGACGCCGUACUUCUGGCCCGCCCAGCAGUGGCCUGUGGAGGACACAGAUUACGCUAUCUACCUGGCCAAGAGGAACAUACGCAAAAAAGGAAUCCUGGAGGUGCACGAGCAGGAGCAGUACAACCAUCUUCACAAGUGGAUGAAUCACAAGUGGGACUUCAUCGUGAUGCAGGCGAAAGAGCAGUACAGGGCCGCCAAGGAGAGGAAGAAACCGGACCGUGUGGUGUUUGACUGUCAGGAGAGGGCCUACUGGGUGGUCCACAGACCCCCGCCAGGUACCGUGAGCGCCAUGGACUACGGGCUCGACCGGCGAAUCGAUCCGAACGCAGACGAGGCGAAAACGCCCGAUUACUACGAGAGAAUCAUGAUCUUCACCCAGCAAUCCAUCAUGAGGCCCAGAGUCAAGUCGUCCGUUUCCAUCGGCGCGUUGGUGAAAUAUAGCGCCACCUACAACAGCCACGACCCGUUCCUCUCCAAAUGUCUUCCCAGCAACCCCUGGCACACCGACGACGUCACAUAUUGGACCUUGAACUUGCCCAACGUGGAAACGCCGACCAAGAUGCGCGUGGAGCGCUGGACGUUCAGCUUUGGCGAGCUGCUCUCGGACCCCCGCGGCCGCGACGACUUCAGGCGCUUUCUGAAAAAAGAGUUCAGCGGCGAAAACUUGGCGUUCUGGGAAGGCUGCGAGGAUUUGAAAUGGGGCACGGCAGCGACCAUGCAGGAGAAGGCAGAGCAGAUCUACAAGACGUUCCUGGCCCGCGGCGCCCCUCGCUGGAUCAACAUCGACGGGAAAACGAUGGAGAUCACGGUGAACGGCCUGAAGCAUCCGCACAGAUACGUGAUGGACGCCGCCCAGACCCACAUCUACAUGCUCAUGAAGAAAGACUCGUACGGCCGCUACAUGAAAUCGCAGGUUUUCAAGGACACGUCGAGAAAGGCCAUCGGCCCCGAGGAGCACAAGUUCACCGAGGCCCAGUUGGAGCAGAACGCCAAGAACCGGCGGCCCAGCCUCAGUCCCAUCGUCCUCCGGCAGCAGGAGCUGGAGGAGCGCGCCAAGAUGGCCGCCAACGCGCCCGUCGACAUCACGCAGGUCAUGAGCAAACUCAGCAGACGGAAGUGAUGGCGCCGUCUUUGUCUGUCAGAUUGUUCUAUCGGCGCAUUUUUGUGUGACAUUUUUUAGCUUAUUUACUCAAAUAUGUAUUGUAAAUAUAAUACAGUAUUAGGAGUAGUAGUAGUACCAUGAGUAGUCAUAGCAUUGUUAUUAGCAUUGCUACUGUUAGAUUACCUAAGAAAAACUUAGUCAUCUUUGCUUCCAGUUUAACAUUUUGUAAAAUAUGUAUCAUUAGUAAUAUUAUUAACAUCAUUCUGUAGUAUUUGUGGGAUUAAUUUAUCGAUUUUCCCCCUAGAAUUAAUUAAUUAUCAAAUAUUUAAUGAUUUUGUUUUGUUUCCUCCAUCUUAUCUCAUUAAAUAAUUUGGUUAUUGUUUUUAUUGUAGAUAGUAAAAUGGAAAAGUAAUUGUAAAAUAAACAAUUCUAUUAAUAUAUUUAACAUUUUUAUUGUAAUAAAUGCUUAUUAAUUACGAUUAUUGACAGUGUGUUACUAUUUAUAAUUAAAUUCACUACAAUUAAUAGUAUUUAAAAAUGAGGAUUGUUUAUUUUAUUUAAAAGAUAAUUUUAACAUUUUUUCCUUACCUCAUCAUUUAAAAUAUGUAUAAUUAUUCAUAUUAUUAUCAUCAUCAUUCUGUAGUACUUGCAGGAUUAAUUUAUCAAUUUUCCCCCUAACAUUAAUUAAUUAUAAAAUAUUUAAUCAUUUCUUUUGUUUCAUCAAUCUUACCUCAUUAAAUAAUUGGUAAA